AUGUCGUCCACCAGCAACGCCUCCAUUGACAAGUUCAACGGAGACAAUUACGCAACGUGGAGCCGGUACAUGCGCGGUGUGUUUUUGACGAAGUCCGUCUGGCACGUCGUCAACCGUGAAGUGACUCCGACUUUCACCGACCCGCGAGCGUCCGAUGACUACGUCAAGGCAAGCAACGUCGCGUUUGGUAUGAUGCUGCUGCACAUGAACGCGGACUACCAUCAUGUGCUGGACAACUGCGAGGAAGCCUGGGUUGCGUGGACAAGUCUGAAGACGCUGUACGGUGGGUCGCAGAAGGCAGGACGCAUCUACCUCAAGCGACAACUUUUCAGUAUCAAGAUGGCUGAGGGCGCGAAUGUCAUGCAUCACUGCAACGAGGUCCUCAACAUCUCCGCCAAGCUUAGCGGCAUCGGUGCGAAGAUGGAAGACGAAGACGUUGCAAUUUGUCUGCUACUCAGUCUUCCGAAGAGCUACGAAAAUGUGGUGCUCAACAUGGAAAUGAGCAGCACCGAGCUUCGCACUCAAGAUGUGGUGAGAGUCCUGACGAAUGAGCAUGCCAAGCGUCAAGGAGAAAAAGGGACAACGACAGCGACUACGGUGAAGGCUGAAGAUGCAAGCAAGGCAUUCAGCGCCGAGCGUGAGCCCUACCAAUGCACGUAUUGUGGCAAGGUGGGACACACGGUGGAUCGUUGCUGGACAAAGCAGAAGAACGAAGGUAAUGGCUACGAUCGAGUGGCGUUUGCAGUCUCGUUCGAAUGUGGAGUUUCGACGAGCAUGGACGUGUCUGGAAUGUGGGCCGUCGACAGUGGUGCAACGCACCACAUUUGCCACGACAAGACCAAGUUCGCAAGUUUGGCAGAGCGCAAUGAGGGCGAACUCUUGGUGGCUGAUGGCAACAAGGUGGCCAUCAAGGGUGUGGGAACCAUCAUGGAAAAGGUGGUUCUGCCCAACGGUGAAGAGCGUGAGAUCGAAAUCAAGAACGCGCUAUAUGUUCCAAGUAUGAGCAAGAACCUGCUCUCGGUGCCACAGAUUAACAGCCAUGGCAAGUUUCAAGUCGUGUUUGACGGGUCCAAGAUGUAUGUGACUCUCAAGAACUCACAGCAAGUGGUGGCGACAGCGGAUCUCGUGGAUGGACUCUACUGGCUUCCGGACGACUCAACGAUCAGCGAAUUCGAUGUACUUCGCAAGAUGAUCGCGACCAACAUGAUCAAGGAUGUGCGAGUCCCUCUCAAGUCGGGUGGAGCAACUACAUGUCGAGGAUGUCAACAAGGGAAAAUGGUCCAAAAACCAUUUCCAAGCAACCGAGACAAGCGCAGCUACGAUACGUUUGAGCUACUUCAUCUGGACAUCUGCGGGCCCAUGGAAAAGGAUUCGCUCGGUGGCAGCAAAUAUUUGCUGCUGAUCAUCGACGAAGCCAGUGGAUGCAUGAAGGGCUUUUGUCUACGAGUGAAGUCCGAGAGUGAAGACUACAUCCGGAAAUAUAUCACGAUGGUGCAGACGCAGUUCGGCAAGAAGGUCAAGUUUGUGCGCCAAGACGGAGCUCGCGAGUUUGCUACGAACUCGCUUCAAGAUUUCUACGAGGAUGAAGGCAUUGAACAGCAGACGACGGUGCCGUAUGCACACCAGACCAACGGAACAGCAGAGCGCGCCAUUCGGACUAUCGUCACGAUCGGCCGCAGCAUGCUUCACCAUGCCAAGUUGGACAAGUGCUUCUGGGCUGAAUUAGCAAUGACGGUCAUCUACGUCAAGAAUCGCCUACCGUCACCAAAAAUGUGCACAAGACCCCGUUUGAGAUCGUCUACAACUUGA